CCAUCAUCGACUUCGGCCUCUCGCCACAAUUUAUUCUUGACAUCACGUCCGCUCCAUUGAGGACUGUCACCGCCUAUACUUAUAUAUCACCCGCCACAAUGUCCACCGCGCAGAUAACACCAUCCAAAAAGGCUGCAUCAGCCAUUGAGACACUCAAGAUGUCCGAUUCGCCUGCGAAGAAGCUCAACUUCGAGUCUACGGCGGACAAGGAGAAUAUUUUCAAGCCCAUUGUCGGCAUUCCCGACCUCCCAGAGGAGGACGCGACGGAAGACGCGUCUGCGCAGAAGACUGCCAUCGCAACUACGAUUAAGCCUGAAGAGGCACACGAGCCUCUGCUACAGGAGAACCCUCACCGUUUUGUCCUGUUCCCCAUCAAGUACCACGAUGUCUGGCAAAUGUACAAGAAGGCCGAAGCUUCCUUCUGGACCGCCGAAGAAAUCGAUCUCUCCAAAGACCUUCACGACUGGAACAAGCGAUUGAACGACGACGAGCGCUUCUUCAUCUCACACGUCCUCGCCUUCUUCGCCGCGUCGGACGGCAUCGUCAACGAGAACUUGGUCGAGCGAUUCAGCGGCGAGGUGCAGAUACCCGAGGCGCGAUGCUUCUAUGGCUUCCAGAUCAUGAUGGAGAACAUCCACUCCGAGACAUACUCCCUCCUGAUCGACACUUACAUCAGCGAGCCUAAGCAGCGCACCUAUCUCUUCAACGCCAUUGACAACAUUCCCUGCAUCCGCAAGAAGGCCGACUGGGCGCUCCGAUGGAUCUCAGACAAGAACUCCACCUUUGCGACGCGUCUCGUCGCCUUCGCUGCCGUCGAGGGUAUCUUCUUUAGCGGCUCCUUCGCGUCCAUCUUCUGGCUCAAGAAGCGCGGCCUAAUGCCCGGUCUGACCUUCUCCAACGAACUCAUCUCCCGCGAUGAGGGCAUGCACACCGACUUCGCCUGCCUGCUCUUCUCCCUCUUGAAGACUCGACCUAGCAAGCAGCUUGUUCAGGACAUCAUCACAGAGGCUGUCGUGAUCGAGAAGGAGUUCUUGACCGAGGCUCUGCCUGUUAUGCUGCUCGGCAUGAACGCCACCCUCAUGUGCCAGUACAUUGAGUUUGUGGCUGACCGUCUACUGUUGGCCCUCGGCAACUCAAAGUUCUACAACGCGACCAACCCCUUCGACUUCAUGGAGAAUAUCUCGCUCGCGGGCAAGACGAACUUCUUCGAGAAGCGCGUCGGCGACUACCAGAAGGCCGGUGUUAUGGCGAGCACCAAGAAGCAUGAGAAGGAGGGUUCAUCUUCGCCAAGCGAGGAGCCCAAGGGCCUGUCUGGCGACUUCUCCUUCGAAGAGGACUUCUAGACGCGUCCCCUCUCUCAUUUCGUUUCGUUACAAUCUCCUAGCUGUAUACCUCUUCUGACUUUGGGCAUGGGUCCGGGGCGACCCUUUCAUCUUGCAUAUCUGUUCUCCCCUCUGCAUUGCCGGAGUCAGACCCAGCACAACCGGCAUAUCCUUUGGAAAGCGCAUACCGGCCUGCUUUUGAUACCUUUUUUCCGCGCUUUCGAAUUUCCGGCGUUUGCGGU